AGUAUAAAUCUUGGAUUGCCCAAGAUAAGAUGGUGCAGACAUGGCUACUUAAUUCUAUGGAAUUACAUGUUGCUGAAAUUUUCAGUUAUUAUGAAUCUUCUGCAGAUUUAUGGGAUGCUGUUAAAGAGAUGUAUGGAAAUCAAAAUAACACGGCACGAGUUUUUCAACUCAAAAGAGACAUUGCAUGUCUUCAACAGGAAGGUAAACCAUUUAUUCAAUUUCUUGGUAGCAUGAAAAGUAUGUGGAAUGAGUUGUCUGUUUAUCGUCCACAUACUACUGAUUCUGCUGUCUUGCUAAAACGGGCUGAAGAGGAUAAAAUAUUUCAGCUUUUGGCUAAUCUUGCUCCUGAUUACGAAGAUCUCCGUAGUCAUAUACUUAUGAAUUCUGAGCUUCCUUCUCUAGGGAGUGUUUGUGCUACUAUUCAACGGGAAGAAGUCCGAAGAAAGGUCAUGAAUUGUAACCUCAAAACUGAGGUAUCUGAAGCCCGAGCAUAUAUGUUCAAUCAUAAACGAUCUGAAGAAAGAAGUUACAAGGGAAAGAGACCUGAGUUGAAGUGCAAUCAUUGUCAUAAUCUUGGUCAUACAGUGGACCGAUGUUGGGUACUUCAUCCUGAAUUGAAGCCUAAGUUUCCGAGAGAGAAUAUGCCUCAGAAACGGACUCAACCUUCGGGAUAUAAGGCUAAUCAUGUUACAACCAUGGCUGGAGAUGGAUUGUCAAGGUUCUCCUCAAGUCCAAUAACUCUUAUUAAUGAGUUUGCUUCUUAUCUUCAAGCAAAGCAAGGUGAAUCUGAUAACAAUGGGAAGUCAGCUGCCUUACUUGGUCAAUUUGCUGGAUUUCUAUCUGAAGAUAAAAAUGGUGCAACUGAUGACACAUCAGGAUUUGGUCACCAAGAAGACGAUUGGUGAGGGAUUUUUCUUUCAAG